AUGAUCUCAUCCAAUCUGAUAUCCGUGCGCUCCAUCUCCACCGCCGCCGAGCUCAACGGAGCCAUCUCCACCCACCUCCGCAACGGCCACCUCGCCAACGCUAUCGCCGCCUUCUCCUCCAAUCUCCACCACCGAAACACCACCUCCUGGAACCUCCUCAUCUCCGCAUACGCCCGCCAUGGCCAGCUCGACCACGCCAAUAACCUCUUCGACCAAAUGCCUCACCGCAAUAUCGUCUCCUGGAACGCCAUCCUCGCCGCUCACCGCCUCGCCGGCGAGCAUCUCAAAGCCUUCCGCCGCUUUGUCUGCAUGCUCCGCCUCAACUUCCGCCCCACCAGCUCCACUCUCUCCACCAUCAUCUCCGCCUCACCACCCGCCGCCGUCGCCCAGCUCCACGUCGCCGUUUUCCGCUCCGGCCAUAAGUCGAACACCAUCGUCGGAACCGCUCUUGUCGGCGGAUACACCUCCACCGGCGACGCCGUGUCUGUGCGGCGAGCGUUUGAGGACAUCCCAUUCAAGAACAACGUCUCAUGGACGGCUCUGAUCGUCGGAUGCAUGCGACUCGGACGAACCGCUGAAGCCUUCCACGCGUUCGAGAAAAUGCCUGAGAGGACAACAGUAGCCACCACGGCGUUGAUCAGCGGGCUUAUCGCAGACGGCGAGCUCGCCAAGGCUCGCCGGUGCUUCGAUGCGGCGGAGAACCGGAAUGCCGUCACCUGGACGGCAAUAAUCACGGGAUACCUCCGGUACGGUCACUUCUCCGACGCCUUGCAUCUCUUCGCCGCCGCGCCAAAGCUGAACCGGUUCACGUUCUCAGCGGCGCUCGCAGCAUCCGCUAGACUCUGCUCUCUCCGCUCCGGCGAGUCCAUCCAUGCUCGUAUCUUGAAAUCCGGCGAACCUCUCGACACAAUUCUAGCGACCGCUCUCAUCGACAUGUACGGCCGGUGCGGCGACGCCGACGCAGCUUCGGCGGCCUUCGCCGCCGCUGCAGAUUACUCAGUGGCCGUGCGGAACGCGAUGAUUGGAGCGAUGGGGAUGAACGGUCGGGGGACGGCGGCGACGGAAGAAUUCCGUCAGAUGGUGGCGGCAGGGGUGGCGCCGGACGGAACGACGUUCGUGCACGUGUUAGCGGCAUGUGUGCACGGGGGAUUGGUUGAGGAAGGGGAAAAAGUUUUUAGAGCGAUGUUGAAAGAGUUUAAGGUCAGGAUUUCGAAAGAGCAUAUUGGAUGUAUGGUGGAUUUGUACGGGAGAGCCGGGAGGAAAGCGGAGGCAGAGGCGAUGGCGAAGUUGAUGCCGGCCGGGCCAGAUGCCGCGGCAGCGGUGGCGGCGGCAGCGGCUGGGGGCUGGGUGGAAGUGGAGGAAGAAAUGGGAGCGGGAGGGUACGCGUUGAUUGCUAGGGUUUAUGGGGAGAGAGGAGAGUGGGAGAAGGUGAGGGAGGUAAAGAAGCGGAUGGAGGCGGCUGCGGGGAGGAAGGGCAAGCUUAGGGGGCUGAGCUGGGUGGAGAGCAAGGUGUAA